UCCGCGCUCGCGGGGGGCGGGAGCCCGAGCGGCGCUGCGCCCCGGCCCGGCCCGAGUGCCACAUCACUCGCCGCCACCCUGCCCGCCGCCCACCAUGCGGCCCCCGCCGCCGCCACUGCUGCUCGCGAUGCUGGUCCUCGCGGCCGCGCGGCCCGGGUGCGAGCCCGCCUGGGACCCCGCGGGUGGAUGCCCCAGGCCGGCAGCUGCGGACAGCGCCAUGUGCGUGGACCUGCAGCUCCAGACCUGCAGCGACGCCGCCUACAACCAGACGGCCUUCCCCACGCUGCUGCAGCAGCGGUCCCGGGCUGCGGUGGAGUCCAGCUCCGAGUACGUCCUGCUGAGCGUCCUGCACCACCUCCUGGAGGGCCAGUGCAACCCGGACCUGCGCCUGCUGGGCUGCGCCGUGCUGGCCCCCCGCUGCGAGGGCGGCCGGGUGCGCAGGCCCUGCCGGCACGUCUGCGAGGCGCUGCGGGAGGCCUGCCUGCCCGCCUUCGACGCCAUCGACAUGGCCUGGCCCUACUUCCUCGACUGCGGCCGCUACUUCGCGGGCCGGGAAGAAGGCUGCUACGACCCCCUGGAGAAACUGCGAGGAGGCCUGGACAUCGAGGAGGCGCCGCCCUCGGGCCACCCGCCCACCUUCAUUCGCUUCGCCCACCACUCCUACGCCCAGAUGGUGCGCGUGCUGAAGCGGACGGCGGCCCGCUGCGCCCACAUCGCCAAGACCUACAGCAUCGGGCGCAGCUUCGACGGCCGGGAGCUGCUGGUCAUCGAGUUCUCGAGCCGGCCCGGCCAGCACGAGCUGAUGGAGCCCGAGGUGAAGCUCAUUGGCAACAUCCACGGCAACGAGGUGGCGGGCCGGGAGGUGCUCCUCUACCUGGCCCAGUACCUGUGCUCCGAGUACCUGCUGGGCAGCCCCCGCAUCCAGCGCCUGCUCAACACCACCCGCGUCCACCUGCUGCCCUCCAUGAACCCCGACGGCUACGAGGUGGCGGCUGCCGAGGGUGCCGGCUAUAACGGGUGGACGAGCGGGAGGCAGAACGCACAGAACCUGGACCUGAACCGCAACUUCCCUGACCUGACGUCCGAGUACUACCGCCUGGCCUCGACCCGCGGCGUGCGCAGCGACCACAUCGCCAUCCCACAGCACUACUGGUGGGGUAAGGUGGCCCCCGAGACGAAGGCAAUAAUGAAGUGGAUGCGGACCAUCCCCUUCGUGCUCUCGGCCAGUCUCCACGGGGGCGACCUGGUGGUGUCCUAUCCCUUCGACUUCUCCAAGCAUCCCCAGGAGGAGAAGAUGUUUUCUCCCACGCCUGACGAGAAGAUGUUCAGGUUGCUGGCCGGGGCCUAUGCCGACAUGCACCCCGUGAUGAUGGACAAGUCGGAGAACAGGUGUGGGGGCAACUUCCAGAAGAGGGGCGGCGUCAUCAACGGGGCGGACUGGUACAGCUUCACGGGAGGCAUGUCCGACUUCAACUACCUGCACAGCAACUGCUUUGAGAUCACGGUGGAGCUGGGCUGCAUGAAGUUCCCGCCCGAGGAGGCCCUCUACACCAUCUGGCAGCACAACAAGGAGCCGCUGCUGAACUUCAUGGAGAUGGUGCACCGGGGCAUCAAAGGCGUGGUGAUGGACAAAUUCGGCAAGCCGGUCAAAAACGCCCGGAUCUUGGUCAAGGGCAUCCGCCAUGACAUCACCACCGCUCCAGAUGGUGACUACUGGAGACUGCUGCCCCCAGGGUCCCACAUCGUUAUUGCUCAAGCCCCCGGCUACUCCAAGGUCAUCAAGAAAGUCACCAUCCCUGCCCGGAUGAAGAGGGCCGGCCGCGUGGACUUCAUUCUCCAGCCGCUGAGGACCGGACCCAAAACGUUCCUUUUCGGGCCACAAAGAAGUGGACACGGAGGUGCCAGCCCACACGGGGAGCCUGAGGAGCCCGGCCAGGACCCCCUGGGGGCCCAGAGACAGCCCACGGCCAGCGGCAGCAAGCCCUGGUGGUGGUCCUACUUCACGUCGCUGGGCCAGCACCAGCCACGCUGGCUGCUCAAGUACUAGGCACCCCUGCCCCUGCCGGACGCGCAGGCCACACGGUCUCCUGCUCUUGAUCCCGUCUUCCAGAGACAGCCCACAAAGCCGUUUCCAUUUUAUUAAAGUGUUUCUAGUCACCUCC